AUGACCAACGUUAUAUAUGAUCGUGAAGCAUUGCUCAGAACAGUAUCUACUUUUCCUUUAAUUGACAAUCAUUGUCAUAAUAUUUUAACGUCUGAUGCAUCAUCGAUUUGUCCGUUGGAAGUAUUCUUUUCGGAUGCCCAUGGUGAUGCAUUAAAAGAUGUGCGCCAAAUUAGUGCCAUAAAAAGAGGUGUACGACAACUUGCUGAACUUUAUAAUUGUCCACCAACCUUAGAUAAUAUCAAACAAGUGAGGAAUCUAAUGUCAUAUAAUGAUAUAUGUAUAACUUGCUUUAAACCUACUGGCAUCCAAUCCUUAUUUUUGGAAGAUGGGCUUGAUGCAUUAGGUGGUCUUAUGAAUGUGGAAAGUCAUGCAGGAUUAGUUGACACAGCGCGAAGAAUUGUGAGGAUUGAAAGUGUUGCUGAAAAGAUCUUGUAUGAUCUUGCAAAAUCUGUAGCUUCUACAAAUCAAAAAGUGCUGAAUUUUGCUGCGUUAGAAGAACCAUUGAAAAAGCAACUUGAAGCCUGUGCAAAAUCUGAAUCAGUGGUGGCCUUCAAAAGCAUUGUAGCUUGUAGGCCAGGAUUAAAUAUAUUUUGCAAUCCAAAUAAUAAUGAUGAUGUAACAAGUAUUUUAGGAAACUUGGUUUCUGAUUUUGAUUCAUUACCCGAUAAGAAGGGAUCUGUUAGACAAGUUAUUAGAAUCCUAAUUGAUUACAUAUUGAAACUGGCAAUCGAUAUUGCUAUAAAUCUUAAUAUUACAGGAUUUGGUGGUUCUGAUCAUGACCUAAUUGAAUUUAAUCCGCUUUUGCUAAGACCUUUGAUUGAGGAAUAUCCCAAUGCAAAGUUCGUUCUUUUGCAUGCGGCGUAUCCUUAUUCCCGACAGGCGGGAUAUCUUGCUUCAGUAUAUUCCAAUGUAUAUGUUGACAUUGGUCUUGUCUUUCCUUUGAUUUCUGCGUCUGGUCAGCAAGGCAUUUUACGUGAGCUGUUGGAGAUUUGUCCAAGUAACAAAAUUUUAUUUAGUACAGAUGGUCACUAUCCAGAAUCUUUCUAUAUGGCUGUAAUUCGAGGAAGAGAAGCAUUAGGCAAGGUUUUAUUAGAGUCUGUAGAAAAUGGUGAAUUUUCAUAUGAAGAAACAAUAAACGUUGCAAAGCAGAUUAUGUUUGAGAAUUCCAAUGUAUUAUAUAAACUUAAAUUAACUCCAAAACAGACUGAUGAUAAAGGAUAUAGAGAUCUUUCGGGAGAACAAAAGAUCGUUAAAUUAAAAAAAAUGGGUGUAAAAUUUGUUCGUUUGGGCUUUUUGGAAUGUUCUAAUCAAUAUAGAUUUCAUGUCAUUCCCAUCGAUCGUUUUCAAAACUAUAUUACUAGCAAUGGACUGACAGUUAUACGAGCACUCACAGCUUUUCCAUAUUAUGCAGAUGAGGUUCUGGAAAAUAUUGGUGUCACCACAACCGGAGAAUUAUUGUUGAAACCUGAUCUUAAUACACUUACUCAUUUACCAUAUAAUCCUAAACAUGCAGAUGUUCAAGCUUUCUUUGAAAAUAAAUUGACACCAGCAGAUCCUCAAUUCGGAAAGAUUGAUAAUUCACCUGAAUCUCUGGCUUUCCCACUUUGUCCUAGAACUUGUCUUAAAAAUAUUAUUGAUGCUGCCCGUAGAGAUCUUGGUAUUACUUUUUUGAUUGGAACCGAACUUGAAUUCGUUUUACUUAAAGAUGUCGCACCUCUGGUACCCGUUGAUUAUACUGUUUAUGCUGCGGCUAGUUCUUUUCGUACUUCUAAUUCCGCCGAAAUCUUGGAUAAAAUGGUUGAGUCUUUACAAGAACAGGGGAUCGAAAUUGAACAAUUUCAUUCUGAAGGGGCACCAGGUCAAUUUGAAAUUGUCACUGGACCAGAGAGCCCAUUGACUGCAGCAGAUAAAAUUGUUGUAGCACGUCAAACAAUAUAUGAAGUUGCUGCUCAGGCUGGUGUAAAGGCAACAUUUGUGCCUAAACCCUUUAAAGGACAAGCGGGAACUGGUGCACAUAUGCAUCUAUCUUUUAAAGAAAUCGACGAGUCCAAGAAAAUUAUUGACGAUCAUCCUUCAGGAUUAUCACCAUAUGAAAGAUCAUUCAUUGCUGGGGUUUUGCACCACAUCAAAGCAAUUUGUGCUUUUUCUUUACCAACAGACCAUUCAUAUACGCGCGUUAUUGAUAACUGCUGGGCCGGAUCUUGGAUCUGUUGGAGUGUUGAGAAUCGUGAAACACCAAUUAGAGUGUGUUAUAGACCAAAGACUGGUCCCGGAGGAAAAUACCUUGAUGUUCAUUUCGAACACAGAUUUGUAGAUGCUACUUCAAACCCAUACCUCGUUUUCUCUGCUCUCAUUGCUUCAGGAGUUGAUGGAAUCAAAAAAGGAAUGCAGCUUACUAAUAAUCCCAUGCUCGAUAAUCCUGCUGCUCUAAGCAAUGAAGAACGUAAGAAACAAGGUGUUACUGAGAGAAUGCCUGGAAGUCUGUCGGAUACAUUAAAAGCAUUGAGGGAAGACAAAGUACUUAUUGGGGCUCUUGGUGAACCUAUGAUACAAUGUUAUACUGGGGUAAAAGAG